UGCGGUUACUGAUUGGCUACUACUCGUCUACUCUAUAGUAGUAAGACGACGUCUAUCUGGGGUAAGUAAAGUGACCGAUGAUUCUCAAUUCUCAAACCAUAUCACUCUUAUUUCCCUUCUUCUCUUGAUUUUCUCUCAGCGUUUCAUCCAUCGCACUAAUUUUUAAUCCUCUCAACUUUCUGCUCAAAGACGAUGAUGGGUUCGAUUGAUGGUAAAUGGGAUGAUGAUGAAUACUCUGUUAUUGGAGAUAAAGGUGAAGUUGGGUUCAUAGACUACCAGGAAGAUAAAUCUGUGUGUAGUUAUAAUCCAAAUGAAGAGGGUCCCAUCGUCAUUUCUGUUCCUUUCCCCUUUAUAGAUGGCAAACCUCGGUCUGUGUUUCUUGGAGAAACUGUUGCGGAUUCAAUCACUAUUAAGAACACCACCACUGAGGCUGUUGAUCUAUGGACCAAAAUUUAUGCCUCCAACCCUGAGAAUUCUUUUACACUUUCUCUGAUGGAGCCUCCAUCGGCGAAUGGUGGGAAUGACGGCCGAGGUUUUUUAGAGUCUUACGCCCUAGAGGACAGAAUGCUUCAACCUGGUGACACUUUAACUGUUUGGCUAAAUUGCAGACCGAAGGAAAUUGGCUUGUACACUUCAAUUGUGCAUUUUGAUGUGGGAAUUGAUAGCAUUGAGCGAGUGGUUUUUCUAUUGGCUGAAGAUAACAUAUCCAGGUCUUUGGCUUCAAGAAAGCCAUAUUCAAGAGCUACAAGAAAGAAGCAAUUUACUGUGGAUACAUUUGUUGGUGGUUCACGACCUGUCAGACCCAAGGGCCAGGCAUUGAAGAAAAGGCUUCCUCGUUAUGAUAUUCCUAAGGAGACUAGAGAAUUGAUUGUGAGCAAGCAAAAUCUUGACUAUAUUACUGGAGUUCUCACCAGACAGAAUUAUGCUAAUUACUUUAAAAUGUUGUUGAUGAUGGAAGAAAUACAAAUGGAGGAAGACAUGAGAACUUAUGACAUGGAGGGUGUUUCGAUGAGGAAGAAGGGGAAUUUUCUGUCCCUUAUGGUCCCAGGGCUUGCUGAGCGGAGACCUUCACUUGUCCAUGGAGAUUACAUUUUUGCCAAGAUUGCUAAUUCAGAUGAAACCGCUACAUAUCAGGGCUUUAUUCAUCGAGUUGAGGCUGAUGAAGUUUAUUUGAAGUUUGCCCCUGCUUUUCACUGCCACCAUUUAAAUGGGAAUCUGUAUGAUGUACAUUUCACGUAUAGUCGACUCAACAUGAGAAGACAGUAUCAGGCUAUAGAUGCUGCUGAAAAUUUAGAGACGGAGCUCCUUUUUCCCUCUGAGAGCUCUGGAAAUAGGCUUAUUGAAACCACUUCUCUGGUGCCUAUAACUUGUAGUCUUAAUGAAGAGCAAAUGUGUUCAAUAGAGUUGAUUCUCGGUUGCAAAGGAGCCCCGCCUUACGUCAUUUAUGGGCCUCCUGGUACAGGUAAAACUAUUACAAUAGUGGAGGCAAUCCUUCAGCUUUAUAGAAAUCGGAAGGAUGCCCGGAUUCUUGUGUGUGCACCAUCAAAUAGUGCAGCAGAUCACUUGCUGGAAAAGCUUCUCUGUAAGAAUGUGGCUAAUAUUAGAGACAAUGAAAUAUUCAGACUCAAUGCAACUUCCCGUCCAUUUGAAGAUGUCAAGCCUAAUCAUGUUCGCUUUUGUUUUUUCGAUGAUUGUCUCUUUAAAUGUCCCCCACUCAAUGCUCUCACUCGCUAUAGGAUCAUCAUUUCAACAUAUAUGAGCUCCUGUCUUCUUUAUUCUGAGGGUAUUGGGCGAGGUCACUUCUCUCAUAUUUUCCUGGAUGAGUCUGGCCAAGCUUCAGAGCCAGAAAGCAUGGUCCCUAUAUCCAACCUUUGUGAUAGGAACACAGUUGUUGUGCUUGCUGGAGACCCCAUGCAGUUGGGUCCUGUAAUAUACUCAAGAGAUGCAGAGGCUUACGGACUGGGAAAAUCAUACAUGGAGAGGCUCUUUGAAUGUGAAUCUUACAGCAGUGGGGAUGAAAAUUAUGUAACAAAGCUGGUUAGGAACUACCGAUGUCACCCAGAUAUUCUAAAUCUCCCAUCAGAUUUGUUCUAUGAAGGGGAAUUAAUUGCAAGCAAAGAGUCUACAGAUGAUACAACUUCCUUAUUGUCUAUGGUAAAUCUUCUUCCAGGCAGGAACUUUCCUGUUCUCUUCUUUGGUAUACAAGGCUGUGAUGAGAGGGAGGGUAAUAAUCCAUCAUGGUUUAAUCGAAUUGAAGCAAGCAAGGUAGUGGAGCUCAUAAACAAACUCACUGCAAUGGGAAGUUUGAAUGAGGCUGAUAUUGGGGUUAUUACACCUUAUAGGCAGCAAGUACUCAAACUAAAGAAGGCGUUGGAUGAUUUGGAUAUGCCAAAUAUCCAAGUUGGCACAGUGGAACAAUUUCAAGGACAAGAAAGGAAAGUUAUUAUUGUCUCAACUGUUAGAUCAACAGUCAGACACAAUGAGUUUGACAGAGUCCAUUGUUUGGGUUUUCUGAGCAACCCGAGAAGGUUUAAUGUGGCUAUUACCCGGGCCAUAGCUUUACUUAUCAUUAUUGGCAACCCACACAUUAUCAGCAAGGACCCAUACUGGAAUAAGCUUUUAUGGUAUUGUGCAGACAAUGACUCCUAUCAGGGUUGUGGUCUCCCAGACAGACAGGAUCCUGUUGAUGAGUAUCAAAUACAGGAGGAUUGUGUCAACUAUGACAACAGUGAAGAAAACCCUCAGCACACCGAAGAGGUUGGACGGGCUGAAGAGUCCUUUCCACCAGAAAUUCCAAAACCAGUUACAGAUGAAGCUGAGUGGUCUGAUGGUUGGAAGUAGAAUUUGUUCAGUCUUGCAUGCAUAUAAAAGUCUGAUGUUUAUAUACUUUUAUUUUGAUUUGAUUUAUAAAUAAGUUUUGCCCACGUGCUUGAUGGUGGAAAAUUGGAUGGCAAAAGAGAAAUCAAGUUGAGCAUCCCCUUUUCUCGUCUAAGUAAAAUCUUUUGCCAUAAGAUUUUGAUAGAACAUUUUUAGUGUUACUGGAAAGUCACUGAUGCUGGACUUCUAACAUGUAGUGAUGUAAUGCCAUUGAGGAGGCUAGCUUGAAAAAUAUGUGGUUUUUUGUACAAUAAUUACUUGAAACA